AUGACUUGUUAUUCAAUUCUAAUCUACCUUAGCUUUGCCUUUGUUGAGUAUGAAAGUCGACGCGAUGCAGAUGAUGCGUAUCAUGAAAUGCACAACAAACGUAUUGGUCGGGAUGACGUCUUAAAGAUUGAGUGGGCACGUACUCCGCCAUCUGCGUCGUGGCGUUUUGACUCAGGCCGGGAUCGCCGCCGAGAUCGCACCCCCCCUCGUCGAGUGCGUUCUCCUUCUCCUCGCCGUAGUGGCAGAGGCGAUUAUUCCCCCCGAAAAGAAGACCGACGCGAUCGUGAUUAUGAUCGUCGUGACCGCUCCCGCAGUCCUGAUGACCGUGAGCGUGAGCGGGACCGGGACCGCGAACGGGAUCGCGAACGUGACCGCGACCUGAGGGAUGAUCGUGAUAGACGGGAUGAGGAUCGUGAAAACGGGACCAAUGGUGAUGACAGGAAAGUUCCCUUGGAUUCUCCCACCCCCGCUCAUGAUGAGCUUGAUACUGCUGAGUAG